CCACCAUCUCAAGUGCUCAUAACAUGCUCCGGUAGCAUGAACAAUAUCAUAUUCUCAUUCCUCCGAGCGACAUUUGGACGACAGAAUGAAGCUGGCUUCUCGAGGCAGAUAACAAGCGCGAAUCGGAUACGACCAUCCAAUGCGAUCAUAAACCACAGCAGAGGUCUGAAAGGUCUCCCAAAGAAGCUAAGUCCGGAAGAAGCACUGGAAGAACGGUUUGAAUGGCUCAACAAGGUAAAUGAGAUUCAAAGAACUGCAUCUCCCUCCACCGCAUCUCACCACUUCCCAAAGCAUUGGAUCACUACUACAUUCAGUCGAAGUGGUGGUGCAGGAGGUCAAAAUGUGAACAAAGUCAAUACAAAAGCAGACGUUCGAUUGAAUUUAUUCAGUGUCUCUCAGCCCGGUCAUGCGACGGGGGAUGACAGAGAUGCACUUCUGCCACCAUUAACAAAAGAGAUGGUAUCAAUAUUGGAACAGAAAUCUCCUUAUUACGUUGCUUCUUCGAACGAAUUACGAAUCACCUCAACCGAUACACGUUCGCAAUCGGAUAAUUUGCGGGAUGCAUUGCAAAAGAUGCAAGAUCAUUUGGUUCAAAUAUUAUCACAGGAUAUACCCGGUAAAACCAGUAAAGAACAAAGACAAAAAGUGGAAAAAUUAAUAGAAGUAGAUAAAAACAGAAAACGUCAAUCAAAAGAAAAGCGAAAGGGCGUAAAGGAUAAUAGAAAAAUUUCAAGAAGCGAUGUUGGCUUUUAGAGGAUCUGUACUAUAAUAUCAUAGAAUACUUCUGUAAAAACAACAAGAGAAGAUUUCGUGAGGAAGAACCCAAACUGAUACAUCGAACAAUAUUGUAUACAUCUGCAUGCUAGCGACUCAUCAAACCCUUUACAUCAUCAACUUGUUGAUACGUACAUUGUUAGAGAAGUCGGUAGACCCAAUUGCAGUAUGUGCAGGAUGUUUCCGCAUCGUAAGUGUCAUUGUAUUCCUCUUGGAAUAUAUCAAUAGGACCAAGAAGGUCAAAUCCGUCUUAUUUGACUUACAUAAAGACGAGGUGGAAGUCAAGGAGUAUCGAUUAAAAAAGUGUAAAUCGAUUUGAAAUGGAUAAAAGUAGAUAAUGCUAUUCAAAA